AUGUUUACCACUACCAUCUUAAUAAUAAUAUGUCUAUCCACCAGCUUGGUAUCAAUCACAAACUGUCAACUUGGAGGUAUUGGCGGACUGAUAGGAGGAGGAGGCUCCUCACCUUAUAAUCCAUGUGCCUCUUGCAACAGCCACGACAAGUGUUACUCCGAUGUUUGUUCAAUGUCCUCAGGAUGUUUCCAUAAUCCAGUUGGUUGUGAUGAUAAUAAUAUCUGUACGAUUGACUCGUGCCAUCCAGACACUGGAUGCAUUCACACCCCAGUCAACUGCGGCCCAUCGACCAACGGUACUCUGGACUACUGCGACACCAAGCUGGGCUGCCUGCACGUACCAUACAUCUGCUCCAACGAAUCCACCUGCGACACCAACAACACCAGCCAAUGCGUCGAUCAGUUCAUCAAGGAUGGCAAGUGCUGCCAGUCCCCCAAGUCCUGCAACGACUACAACGCCUGCACGGCAGAUGGCUGCCACCCAACCACCGGUUGCACACACACCAACAUCACAUGCAACGACAACAACCCUUGCACCGCCGACUCAUGCUCGCCCACCUCAGGUUGCGUCUACACCCCAAUCAGCUGUGACGACAACAACAAGUGCACACUGGAUAGUUGCAGUGCAACCACCGGCAACUGCGUCCACACUCCAGUCAACUGCAACGACGGCAAUUCCAACACAAUCGACACCUGCCAGCCCAACAUUGGCUGCAUCAAUCGCCGCGUAAACUCUUGCAAUGACAGCAACGCCUGCACUGUCGACACGCUCAACAUCGCCACAGGACAAUGCUCAUACGCACCAAAGCAGUGUCCAGCCAGCACAUUCUGCACUCAGUACGUGUGCAACCCAGUGUCUGGCUGCCAGGUCGUCACACCAAACUGCGACGAUGGCAACCCCUGCACGACCGACGUCUGCGACUCCUCCAGCAUGUCCUGCAAGCACAUCCCAAAGAGCUGUUUCGAUAACAACCGAUGCACAUCCGACACGUGCAAUACAUCUACUGGUCAAUGUGUCUACAGCCCAAUAUCCAACUGUACUCUA